UCUCUGCCUCCUGCACCGGCUUUUAACUCUAGACACUGUCCUGUAUUUGGUCUUCUGUUCAUUUCAGGCAGACUUGCAGAUUUCCACCUCCCAUCUCCCGUCACCAACUCCCGGUCCGAUCGAGUGAGAUCCACUCAUUGCGACCUCAUCCCACUCACACCUCCUCGACCGCCUUCCAUCCCACUCCUAGGGAACUCGCCGCUCUCCCCCAACAAUCCCCUCACCUCUCGAGCUUUUAUACUGCGGAUCCGGCGUGAGACGCAGCCGCUGAUAGGGUUUCUUGCUCUUCCCCCCACACACAUUCUAGACCCUCUACUUCCCACACAUAGACCUUAUCAACAAUGUGGUCCUGGUUCGGCGGAGCGGCCGCUCAGAAGCGGAAAGAUGCGCCCAAGGAGGCGAUCCUGAUGCUCCGCGAGCAGCUGGACAUGCUUCAGAAGCGCGAGAAGUAUCUCGAAAGCCAGAUGGACGAGCAGGAUGCGAUUGCGAGGAAGAACGUGACGACGAAUAAGACCGCGGCCAAAAACGCCCUGCGACGGAAGAAGAACCACGAGAAGAACCUCGAGCAGACGACCGCGCAGAUCGUCCAGCUCGAACAGCAGAUCUACUCGAUCGAGGCGGCGAACAUCAACCAGGAGACUCUCAAUGCUAUGAAGGCGGCCGGUGCGGCGAUGACGCAGAUCCAUGGCUCGAUGACCAUCGACAAGGUGGAUGAGACGAUGGACAAACUCCGCGAACAGCACCAACUCAGCGAAGAGAUCGCCCAGGCCAUCACAAGCAGCUCCAUCACCGAACAACCGGACGAGGCCGAUUUGGAGGCGGAGCUCGAGGGUCUGGAGCAGGAGGCGAUGGACGAGCGGAUGCUCAAGACCGGCACCGUGCCCGUGGCAGAUCAGCUCAACCGGUUACCCGCCGCGGCCAACGGAGAACUCAAAACUCAACCCACGCACAUCGAGGAAGACGACGAGGAAGCAGAGCUGGAAAAGCUUCGCGCCGAGAUGGCCAUGGGAUAAUUGGGGAUCGGGGGCGCUGUGCACCUCCUUUCUUUGCUUUCAUCUUGUCCCCCGUACCUUAAGAAUAUUCCGUGCCGUCUACCCUUGCGCCUUUUUUUGUGUCUGCUUUGCUCUUUCACACACUUCUUAUCUCUCUCUCUCUCUCUCUCUCUCUCUCUCUCUCUCUCUUUUGCGUCUUGGAGUUGAGCCGCGUUUGCGCCGCGUUUGCCCAUUUUUUUUUUCUCACUACCACUACCACUUAC